CCCUCUUCCGCGCGCGACGCUGAUGGGUCGUUAGCGGAUACGGUGGCCGCGGGGGUGGUGUCAGCGGCCUCUGCCAGGCUUGGCGCCCGGCUCGGAGCCUGACUCGGCCCUCUCGUCUGGCAGCCGCGGUUCCACCAUGGCUCCCAAAGGCGGCUCCAAGCAGCAGUCCGAGGAGGACCUGCUCCUGCAGGAUUUCAGCCGCAACCUCUCGGCCAAGUCCUCGGCGCUCUUCUUCGGGAACGCCUUCAUCGUGUCCGCCAUCCCCAUUUGGCUAUACUGGCGAAUAUGGCAUAUGGAUCUUAUUCAGUCUGCUGUUCUGUAUAGUGUGAUGACCCUAGUAAGCACAUAUUUGGUAGCCUUUGCAUACAAAAAUGUGAAAUUUGUUCUCAAGCACAAAGUAGCACAGAAGAGGGAGGAUGCUGUUUCCAAAGAAGUGACUCGAAAACUUUCUGAAGCUGAUAACAGAAAGAUGUCUCGGAAGGAGAAAGAUGAAAGAAUCUUGUGGAAGAAGAAUGAAGUUGCUGAUUAUGAAGCUACAACAUUUUCCAUCUUCUAUAAUAACACCCUAUUUCUGGUCUUGGUCAUUGUUGCGUCCUUCUUUAUAUUGAAGAACUUCAACCCCACAGUGAACUACAUUUUGUCCAUAAGUGCUUCGUCGGGCCUCAUCGCCCUCCUGUCUACUGGCUCCAAGUAGAGCACGUCAGCUUCCCUCCACCGCCCUGGCUUUGUGUCUAUGGGUGGCCUGUGGUAUAUGGAAAAGUAGCAGGGUGGUCAGGGUGGAAGACACACAAGCUGUUUUUGUAAAAGUCUGGAGUUUGAGGGUUUGAAAAACCCAACAAAAUGUAAUUCAAUAUUUGUCUAUUGGCUCUUUUUUUUUUUUGACAGAUUGUUGAAAUUAAAUGAAUUGAAAGGGAAA